UCUGGGCUUGGACAGAGGACAGGUAGCAACGGUCCUAGGAUGCGAGGGCCAUUUCCUUCCGGGCGGGGGUUAAAUCCUCGAGAAGCCGAGCCAUCUCGUCCAGCCACCUGCCCCAAACGGGAUUCAGGCCGUGGUCACUCUCUAGGAGGCUCGGGAGAAUCGGCCACGCCAUCCCGCUCGGGUACAGAAAGCCAGCUUCCCCCGGUCCACUGGGAAGACUCCUGGUUAUCCACCCGGUCGGGGCAUCAAAGGGCAGGAGCUGCGCCAGGCGUGCCGGAUAGACUAGAGAACAGUGUUGUCUGACUGCCUAUCCACCCCACCCGGACCCAGACUCGGCGCUGCACACUCCCCACCGGGGGGGGAGGGUGUGCAGAGCAGUCACGCGCGCACCACACUUGCGCUCACAAGCGCGCAAGGCCUUCGCUCUCUGCCCCGCACACCUGCGCCCCGCCGCCUGGUCCCGGGCCAGCGACUGGCGAAGGCAUUUGGGAACCCAGAGUGGCUGCGGCGGCGCCCCCCAUUUAUUCCUUUCUCCCGGGCCAGAAUUGUCGGGAACCUGCCGCCGCUCCCAACCAGCCUGCAUCCCUCUCUAUCCUUCCCUCCCCCCGCACCCCGCCCCGCCUGCCGCGGCACCGGUAUCUGCAGUCGUAGCCCGGAGCCGGUGAGGUGGCGAAGGGGGAAGGGGAAGGAAGCAAGGUAUGAGAGCCGGGAGGGCGUCGGGGGCCCUGAGCCGAACUAGGACACCCCUGGAGCCGGAGCCCGAGCAGGAGCCGGAGCCAAAACCAAACCAUCGGUACCGGGUGGACCAGCUGCAGCCCCCUAACCGCAGGAGGCGCCCUGGCCCGCGCUCGCCCCCCAGGGCCUCAUGUCGGAACCACAGCCUGACCUGGAGCCACCCCAACAUGGGCUGUACAUGCUCUUCCUGCUUGUGCUGGUCUUCUUCCUCAUGGGCCUGGUAGGCUUCAUGAUCUGCCACGUGCUCAAGAAGAAGGGCUACCGCUGCCGCACAUCCAGGGGCUCGGAGCCUGAUGACACCCAGCUCCAGCCCCCUGAGGACGAUGACAUGAAUGAGGACACAGUAGAGAGAAUUGUUCGCUGCAUCAUCCAAAAUGAAGCCAAUGCUGAGGCCUUGAAGGAGAUGCUGGGGGACAGUGAAGGAGAAGGGACAGUGCAACUGUCCAGCGUGGAUGCCACUUCCAGCCUGCAAGAUGGAGCCCCCUCCCAUCAUCAUACAGUGCACCUGGGCUCUGCAGCCCCUUGCAUCCACUGCAGCCGCAACAAGAGGCCCCCACUUGUCCGCCAGGGACGCUCCAAGGAAGGAAAGAGCCGCCCCAGGCCUGGGGAGACCACCGUGUUCUCUGUGGGCAGGUUCCGAGUGACACACAUUGAGAAGCGCUAUGGGCUGCAUGAACAUCAUGAUGGCUCCCCCACGGACAGGAGCUGGGGGUCUGGUGGGGGGCAGGACCCAGCAGGUAGUCAGGGGUCUGGGGGAGGGCAGUCCAGGAUAGGGGUGUCAGCCAUUGAGAGCCUGACCCCUGAGAGGCCACAGCCCCAGGCCGUCGCCAGCCCCCUAGUGCAGAAUGGAAGACUCAAAGACAGCAGCCUAGUCCCUUGUGCACUUGAGGGGAACCCUGGAGCCUCUGCAGAGCUGAUGCUGGGGACUGGAGGGAGGGGCCCAAGUCCAGGGAUGACCAGUCAAGAAGCAAAUGGACAGCCAAGCAAAUCGGACACCUCAGAUCACCAGGUAUGAAGACAUGCCCAGGGCUGCGGUGGGCUGAGCUCUUAUUGCCCCCUACUCUGGGGAUGGGGAUGCAACUGAUAUAACCCACAUCCUAUUCUCCCAUUGUUGACCCCUCCUCUCACUCAGGUGUCUCCAGCACGGGGAGCAAAGGGUGUGUAAGGUGAGUCUGCCUGGGCUCCAAAUCAGAUCAUUCUCAUCCUCCCACU